AUGGGUGGAUCAGAUGAUUCAUCUUCGACCUUUACGUCGUCAUUUACUCCAUCUGUCCCGGCAAUAGAUCAAUCACUGUGGCAAUUAGCGGAAUGGUUUGGAAGUGGUUCUAACUGGCAAUAUGAUUUCGCUAAAUGGAUAAUUCUAGCAACUGAAGAAUCUAGAGAAAGUUCUGAACAACCUAACAUUGAAACAGGAUUGAAGAUAAUUCAUAGAGAAAUUGAAGAAAUAUACACAGCAGGAAUGAUUCCUAAAGAAACUUAUAAUCCUUGUUUGGAUUUAAUCAAGAAAUGUAAAAGUUUUCGUUUAAAUCAUGAUAAAGAUAAAAGAGAUAACUUAUUGCAUACUACAUUUAAUUUUUUACAAGUUAAGUUAAACGAAGCUGUGCACAUCAUUAAUAUGUUAAAACGACUCAGUAUUGAACAACGAUUAGUUUUAAGAUUUAUGACUCAUCAAAAAGUUCAAGCAAAGAUCGCUUUUUUGAGAACUACUUUAAAAUCUCAUAAGACUACUCAUAUGGAAAGAUAUCAUUGCAUUACAAAUCCAUAUUACGUUGAGGUAUUAAAAGAAAAAAAUGCGGCUGUUCAUGAAUGUAACAAUUUAAAAGCUUCUGUUCAAGCGGUUAGAAAUUCGAAUUCCGAAUUAAAUCAGAGAUAUAGUGAAUUAUUUAACGUACACAGCAGACUUCUCAACGUCAAUAAAGAAUUAAAUGAAUUCAAAGAGAACAAUGAAAAUUUGUAUAAUGAUAAAGUCAACGAAAAUAAAAUAUUAACCACGAAAAACGAACAACUUAUCGUUACCAACAAAGAAUUAAAGGAUCAACUCAAAGAGAAAGAAGCAUUAGAAAAGCAAGGGGAAGAAAUUGUUAAAGAGGUUAUGGCGAAUAAUGUUAAGGUAACCCAAGAGCGUGAUAAAAUAAAGUCAGCAUAUGAAGCGAAUAUUAAACAACAUCAAGAAGAAUCUAAAGAAUUACUCCAAGAAGUAAAAUCUGCUAAAGAAGAAGCAACGACUUAUCAAGCCGCCCUUGGUAGCGCAACAAAUAUUCGUUGGAGUGAUAGCACUUUAAACAAUCCUAUCCAAAUAACAAAAGAUAUUGAGAACUUACAACAUUCUUUAACUGAUUUUACUAAAGUUAAAGGGAAAACUAUUAAAAUUAACGAGGAUGCUGCUAAACAAUUAUUAGCUGAUUAUAAAUGUAAAGCAAUUCUUGAUUCGAAAGAAAUUAAAAAUUAUCUAGCAGGUGCUCUUCAACGAAUGAUUCUCGAAACAAUCUUUCAUUUCGCAGAUGGUUUAUUUAAGUACGCUAAACACGCUAAUUCCUUUAGCGAUAAACUUCUCGAGUCAUAUAUAGUAUAUUAUGCAUCAUAUCUAAUUGAAUAUACAAAUAUAUUGACUACAACUCGUGAAGGAAAAGAUAGCGUGACUGCUGUAACUCCAGUUAAAAUUCGUCAACAAGUAUACGCUGCUCUAGGAUCUCGUGGAUUUGCUAAUUCUAACCAUCCACUCGUUUCCCAACUUGUUAAUAAAAUUUUGUUUAAGAUGGAAAAGUAUCGUGAAGUUAUAGACGAUGAAAAGAAGAACGAACUACGUUCUGAUGCUGGAAAAGUUAUUCGCGCUGGUCUGCAAUUAUGGUUUUGUUUGAAAGCUCAAGAACCGAUAGCAAAGAUUCAAUGGUUUAAACCCGGUGCUCAUCUAGAAUCACAUCUUACUGUAGGUAAUUGGGAGAAUGAAAAUAUCAAAGAAAUGGAGGUGGAUUUUGCGUAUUUCCCUCUUAUUAUGUCCGAACAUGAUAAUCAAGUUUUUAGUAAAGCUCAAGUUUUUGUUCGUCCAAAGGAAAAUGGAAGAAUUAAAAGAUUCUUGAGCUAUAUUUCUUAG